ACUCCAUGGUGGCAGGCAGCUCGGUGGACAACAGCAUCUUCUUGGAGUUUUCCUCCACUCUUGACUUCUCCCUAGAUGGGGGAAGGGACGCCAGGCGUGGAUUCAGCCAGAGUCCAGGAGGAGGGUGGGAGAGAUCAGAGUCUGGGAUUUGUGGAAGGGGGAAUACAGGUUGGGAGAAUCGUGACUGCUGGCCAACUGUCAUUGUGUUCUGAGGAACAGAGCCCUCAGCCUGGCAUCACCAGGCCCUCAUCUGGGGUGGUGGUGGAUGGGGAGAGCUCAGGACUGGCAGAACCAAGGGUGGAAGCCACCCUCCAGCCUCCAUCCAGCAUCCAAAAGAGGAAGAGGGACGAGUCAUCAGAUUCUGAAGAUGACCUAGCAGAGCUAUUUGAACCUGAUCCCCAGCCGGUGUGGUCAGUGGAGACGCUGUGCGGACUUAGGAUGAGGCUGAAGAGGCGACGUGUGUCUACAGUGCGUCCUGAACACCACAAGGUCUUCACCAAGCUGCUCGAGGAUCCCGUGGUGAAAAAAUUCCUGACCUGGGACAAGAUGCUGAGGGUGUCAGACAAGUACCUCCUGUCUAUGGUCAUAGCUUAUUUCAGCCGCGCUGGGCUCUUCUCCUGGCAGUACAGGCCAAUCCACUUCUUCCUGGCUCUCUACCUGGCCAAUGACAUGGAGGAGGACAACCAGGCCCCUAAGCAAGACAUUUUUUACUUCCUCUAUGGGAAGAGCUAUGCCCAGCGCCCCAUGUUCCACAAACUGCGCUUUCAGUUCAUUCGGUCCAUGGGCUGGAAGAUCUGGGUGUCCCGGGAGGAGUGUGAAGAGAUCCAGGCUUACAAUCCAGACCUCUGGGUGUGGGCACGAGAUCGCACCAACCUAACCUAGAACCCUAAGACUAUGGAGGCCUGAGGUCAUCGGCCUGAGGAAGAUCCCUGUGCCCGAAGGAGAUGCUCUAUGCCAACAUUAGGACUGCUGGGGGAAAGGAGAGAGGACUGACUAUCUUCCAUGGGAAACCUAGAACAACCCAGACUCUUCCAGAAGGAGUGGGAUGGAAUCACCACACUGCGCUCCUGGGAGCUGGGACACUUGUAGGAGUCUCUGGAGGGGCCAUGAGAAACUAGGAUUCCUCCAGGCUCCAUGCUUUCCAGAGGCACCAUCUAAAUGUUAUCCCGAAUGUCCUCGGUCCCCACCUCCCAACCGUAGCAGCUGAAGGCCCGUGGUUUCCUGUAAUUGGUCUCCACUGCUCAGGCCAUUUGAAGGAGGCACCUCAGGGCUCAGAUGUGGAGGGAACUACCUUCAAAAUACAGUAUUUGAUUUAUAUAGUUGUAAUAACUUUAACACAUCACAAAUUUUAUUGAAAUAUUAGUAUAUGUUAUAUUAUUAAUAAUCCUUAUCAUUAUAUGUUGACUACAGAAUAAUUAGCACAUUAAAUAUUUAAUGAUAGUUCCUGUUUUGAGAAUGCCCUGUUUUUAUAUUUUAUAAUGCCUCUUAUAGUGUUUAUAUAUACAUAGAUAUUUCACUCACUAGGAGAUUUUUAUUUUUUUAUCUAUUAUACUUAUUUUUUAUCUAUUAUACUCGUGUAUCUAUUUGUCUUAUAUCUAGGUAAUAUAACCUUAGAUCAUUAUGAAUAUGUUUUUAUUUCUUUGAUAUUUCCUCUCCAUUAUGGAAUGUGACUAUUGAGCUGUGGAACUUUCAACCACUUGAACAUGUUUGCAUAUUACUUUCAAGAGGGUUUGUGUUUAAAAGAGAAUCCAUGUUACAAGCUCCUUGCGCCGUGGACAGACAAUAAAGACGAAAUGUGUUUCAUUUUCUAUAUGUAAGCU